AAACCCUAGCUAUUCAUUUCGCUGCCAUCCCCGCGAAGCUCCAGCUAGCCACUGAGCAGAGCCGUCAACAGAUCCAAAACAAUGGGCCGCGUCCGUACUAAAACAGUGAAGAAAUCGUCCCGUCAGGUGAUCGAGCGGUACUACUCGCGCAUGACCCUCGAUUUCCAUACCAACAAGAAGAUCAUCGAAGAAGUCGCCAUCAUCCCAUCCAAGAGGCUCCGUAACAAGAUCGCCGGGUUCUCCACCCAUUUGAUGAAACGGAUCCAGAAGGGACCCGUUCGCGGCAUUUCCCUCAAGCUCCAAGAGGAAGAGCGUGAGCGACGCAUGGAUUUUGUCCCCGAUGAAUCGGCUAUCAAGAUCGACCAAAUCGAGGUCGAUAAGGAAACACUCGACAUGCUUUCGGUUCUUGGGAUGUCUGAUAUCCCUGGGCUUGUUAAGGUUGACCCGGUUGCUGUUGCUCCUCAAAUCGGGUUCGGCCGCGGUGGUGGACCUGGGAGGAGGUUUUAAGUGGUGAGUGUUCAUCUGUUCAAUGGGUUCUUAAUUUUAAGUAUGUUAUGGUUUUUUAUUUAAUGCUUUGUUUUUAGUUGAACAAUGUUAGUUAUGAUAAAGGGUACUGGAAUUUAUUAAGUUUUAUAUGCACUUUUGUUUUUGAAGUGUUUGAAAUGAGGAACUUUUAGUUUCUGGGA